UUUGCAAUGGACGCGUGACAUUGUCUGUUUGGAGGAUCCAAUUUGAACGAUCAGUGUCGGCGGUUAGUCCCCUGAUCUACAAGAUCAGGAGCCAGUGACGGCAAUGGCGGCAGAAGGUCGACAUUCUCAGGAGCACUCGGACCGUUUGGUCGCUGCUUAUUUGAAGACUAGAGGAUAUCGCCAUACGGAAGCCUUUUUUCGGAAGGAAGCGAAUCUUCCCUUGAGUGAGGGCUCUUUGGAUAGUGGACUUCACCAACGGCACGAAGCCUCCGUGCCCGACUACAUUCUAUUCUACAACGAAGCGGAGGCGAGUAAUCCCAAUGCAUAUGAGAGAGGAUACAGUCGUCUUCGCAAGUGGGUGGACGACUCCAUUGACAAGUAUAAGGUUGAGCUGCGAGGAAUUCUUUUCCCCAUAUUUGUGCACGCUUAUCUGGAUCUAAUUGUUCGAGAAUUGCGAGAUCAAGCGAAACAUUUUAUGGAACUUUUUAGAGUUGACCAUUCGGAACUUCACGGGCAGGAUAUUGCAAGACUUUCGGCCAUCCUCGAGCCGCAACACGUCUCCGAAAAUGACCUCGCCCAGAAUUUCCGGUCCAAUCGCUACGGUCUGAGAAUGAGCCGUUACUCGUUUGAGCUGCUCCUCUCCUUUCUCCAGGACAAUAACUUUAUGUUGCUUCUGAGAAUUGUUAACGAGCAUAUAAGCAUUCUAGUUGUAUCAACUGAACCUGAAAAUGGCGAAGAUGGACUUGAAAAAGAUCAGACAAUUGGCUUGGUGGGUCAAUCGGUGCAUCAGCUGGAAGAUUUCAAUCGGCAGCAAUUAGCACUGGGCACAUUGCCCCCUGAUAUGCCUUUUUUGACGGAGAUUGAAAGGAAAAUCAAAGAAGAGGCACCGCCUGAUGCAGGCGAGCUGCUGGAGGAACUUGAGAAGGUCAAGCUAGAAGCGACCGCCGAUAGCCCAGCAAUAACUCUACCUGCCAAGAAGCUUAUCGACGUUCCGGCUGCCAUUAAGAGUCUCAGGGAAACCCGCAAUCGUGUCCAACUUAGUUCAACAGCACUACCCUCGAUUUGCUGCUACACAUUUCACAAUUCCAGCAGCAGCUUGCAGUCACUUACUCUGUCGCCGGAUGCAUCAAUGGUAUCGGGUGGCUUCGCGGAUUCUUUCAUUCGACUGUGGGAUAUUACCGGUGCGGACACGAAAACUUCAAAGUCAGGUUUCAAAGGAGAACAAGGAGCGCAGUCAUCAAGACGACUUGUCGGACAUGGUGGCCCCGUGUACGGAACAAGUUUCAGCUCGGAUAGAAGGUAUCUGGUAAGCUGUUCUGAAGACAGAACUGCUCGAUUAUGGAGCUUAGAUACAUUCUCGAACGUGGCAUGUUAUAAAGGGCACAAUUAUCCUGUGUGGGAUGUUGACUUCAGCUCUCAAGGAUGGUAUUUCGCAACAGCCUCCCACGAUAGGACAGCACGUUUAUGGAGUUGCGACCACAUAUAUCCGCUGCGGGUAUUCGUUGGCCAUCUGUCAGAUGUAGAUAUCGUCCGCUUUCAUCCAAAUUGCAGCUACCUCUUAACCGGAUCGAACGAUCGCACCGCACGGUUGUGGGAUGUUCAGAAAGGGACCUGUGUACGGAUAUUUAAGGGGCAUCAAGGUGCUGUCCAGACACUCGCUUUCUCUCCGGAUGGCCGAACGGUCGCUUCCUCAGGUGAGGAUCACAACAUUAUACUGUGGGACAUAUCAUCAGGAAAGCGCAUCAAAACAAUGGCGGGUCAUACUGGCGUGGUGCAUUCACUGUGCUUUAGCAAGGAUGGGUCUGUUCUCGCUUCAGGUGGUGGGGAUAACACGGUGCGCAUUUGGGAUGCUAAGAGAGCAGAAGUGCGUGAGCUAGGUGUGAAGAGAGAUGUCACACAUUCCAUUGCUCAAGACAGCAUGUCCCAUCUUGGGACUUACCCAACUAAAAGAACACCAAUCUACAAUGUACAGUUCACUGGCACAAACAUCAUGAUGGCUCUGGGGGCAUUUCAAUCAGAAGGUUAAGACCCAAUAAUAUGUAGAUUUCUGUAAAUAGCUGUGCAAGAUAUAAUAAGUGCCUUAUCUAU